AUGACCAAAAGAAAGCGGACCUGGACCGAUGACGCACCGGAAGCUUUACCGGAGUCGAGCUCUCGGGGACCCGAUCUUGACAAUUCGAAGGAUCAAAGCGUGCUGGAUGUUUUGCCGGGGAUAACCCGAAAGAUAACCGCUUGCGGCGCAUGUAGGAAACAGAAGAUCAAAUGUGACAUGACCGAUGGCCCGCCGUGUACGCGAUGUCGUCGACGAGGGCUAUCUUGUGUCUUGAAUAAGAGUCUGCAGUCCUUGGUGGAGGAGGUGAAGAACACGGAGCUACUUCAAAGCGACGUUCAAGGGAUACACGAUGUCCUGGAUAGUAUCUGUCAGCACCUGAGUCUGCCGAGGCCUAAACCUCUCCUGACUACUGGAGAAUCCUCCCACGCCGAAGGCAACGCAGAUCACCAAGAGGAGCUGGAGAGAGAUCAAGAAGACCUAGAUGGCUGUGAAAUUUCGCCACCAGACACACCCUCUGCCGUUCAUGCUCCGAUCGACACCUUCCUAGAUAUCGCCAGAUUCGGUAGUCCUGGGUCGUCAGACAACACGCCUCCAAGUACAACUCGUCCACGACAGCAUGCAGUACCUCAAGAUCUCAUCGGCAAAGGUCUGAUCACCUCGACAGCGGCAGAAAAUCUUGUAGAAAGAUACUUUACUCAACUAGACCCCUACCUUUACGGAAUAUGCAACGGGUAUCAAAGUCUUGCACAAAUACGAAGUACAUCCCCCGUGAUGUUUGCAGCAGUGUGCACAGUAGCUGCAUUGCAAGAUCCAAAUGGACAAUCAUUAUACGAGGCCUGCAAUCGUGAAUUCCGGCGCCUCGUUUCUCGAUCUCUGUUCGAGAAGCAUGACCUGGAGUACGUCCGGGCCUUGUGCAUCAGCUCAUUCUGGCUUUCCGACGCGUCAAGAAUCCUGACCAGUGAUGCCAUUCGUCGUGCAGCAGAUAUGCGCUUGCAUCGCAGUUUCGAUCAUCUUUCCACUCCCAUGGAUCCGAGGUUAUUGCCCAGAGGAGCUCACGCAUUGUCAACGCCGAUCGAGGUUGCGGCAAUGAAAGACCGUGUCAGACUCUGGUAUUUGAUCUUUAUCUCAGAUCAGCACCUCUCUAUUCUGCAUAAUAGAGAUCCACUCUUACGCAAUGACAAAGAUAUUGCUAUGAGUUGGGAAACGUUCUUGGCUCGAGAUGAUACGACGGACUCCGACAUACGACUUAUCUCACAGGUUGCCCUUUUGGUCAUCAUGAGUCAAGUCCGUGAUUUGCUGGGCUCUGACAAAGAAGCACGCUUGCCACAAUCAUUGUCAAAUCAAAUCACUCAUUAUUCACGUCAACUUGAUCGAUGGUUCGCUAAAUUCCUUGCAAUAUUCAAGCCAGAUCCAAAUAUUGGCGACUUUCCGAAGUGUGGCUUACAAUUGCACUACCACUUCGGAAAGCUUUACCUUGGCCACCAGGUCUUCAAGGGGCUGAACGGCGAGAGCAUCCCACCUCAUUUCUUGACUGCAGCAAACAUGGCACAUGAUGCAGCUGUUGCUAUCUUCGAAAUGAUACUGCACCAAGAGCAGCUUCAACGUAGUCUGGUUGGGAUGCCCCAUUACUUCCACAUUAUGAUUGCUUUUGCGGGGUAUUUCUUGCUAGAAGUUACCAAGAACUACCAUGCUCAGCUCUCGAUUGGCGCGAGUCAGGACUUUGAAUUGAUCGGAAAGGUUUUGGGGUUAUUCCAAGAAACUCCAAGUACCCAACAACACCCGAUUUGCCGAAUGACGCCAGGUUUGACUCGCAAAUUGCAUGAAUGUAUAGCUUCGCUUCAGCGAAAUGGAGAGGAAAUCAUCACCUCCUUAUCAGAUUCGAUUGGCCUCAUGGACUAUGCAGCGAAGAAUGUGCAAGGGACCAUGAAUCCACCGCUAGGACCCUUUUCCUUUACGGGAGAGGCAUUCGUUAACCCUGUAGAUGAUUUUUUGCUCGCUGACUUUGGAGACUUUUCAUUUCCGGGGAUGAUGUCGAACGGAGGAACCUAG